UAACGGAGUGCGACGUGCCCACCCACCACGCUCAGCGUUGCCUGGAGGCGCUGCUGUUGUAAGCAAAUGAGAAGAAAGCUGGGCGUUGAAAGAGCGGCGCUGAUUAGCGAAUCUGGAAUCACCUGGAUGAAAGCCCACUCGUGAUUCGUCAAAAGUAGACCGAAGCCCCUGUGGGCUGGAACGGGCCGGACAGUGAGGUAUGGCUGGCACCGUGCUGGGGGUGGGGGCCGGCGUGUUCCUCUUGGCCCUCCUCUGGGUACUGGUGCUGCUGCUGUGUGUGCUGUUAUCCAGAGCCUCCGGGAUAGCCAGGUUCUCUGUCGUUUUCGUGUUCCUCGGUGCUCUGAUCGUCACGUCGGUUCUGCUGCUCUUUCCCCGAGCUGGUGAAGUCCCAGCCCCUGAGGUCGAAAUGAAGAUUGUGGAUUCCUUUUUCAUUGGCCGCUAUGUCCUACUGGCUUUCCUCACUGCUGUCUUCCUUGGAGGCCUCUUUUUGGUUCUCAUUCAUCAUGUCCUAGAGCCAAUCUACGCCAAACCACUGCGGUCCUACUGAGUACUGUUCAGGAAAACCAGGACCCUGUUCUGUCCUUCACGUUUGAUGUCACCGGUGAGCAGAAAGGUACUGUUCAGAGCCUUGUUUGGACAGCCGUCAUGCCUUAAGGUCAGAGAAAUAUCCAUGCACAACUAGGACAAAUCCCUUGAAACCUGGCUUCCACAAAUGGGGUUGCAAAAUUGGCCCUGCGGUGAUGA